AUGAGGACAUAUAUCAAGGAGCCUGCCACAUUGAAGGUGACGGAAAAAUACUGCAAUGUAAAGUACAAUGCAGGAAAAGGACCCAGACAGUCCUACCCAGAACCAUCGCUUAAUGCUAGGUUUCUGGAAAACAUCCUCCCUGAAUGCAAGGAGGAAAUAAUCAAAAUGGGAUUCUCCUCUUUCGAGGAGAUGUUUAGAACAACAUCUCGCAUAGACGAGAUGAAAAACAGGCUGAGGAUAGCUCCAGCCUACAGGCCAGAAUGCUAUGCCAGACCUGAAACCACCAUGACCACAAAUCGUGAAAAGCCCAACCAGGCGGGAAAGGAGAAACACGCAGAGGCAAGAGCCAAUGUGCAAGACCCUAAACCCAAAUGGAAAGGCGAAUCCUCCCUGAAGCAGUCAGGGAACACCAACCAAAGGCCGGUACAAGUAUGCAAUAAUUGCGGAAUACCAGAGCAGGCAAAGAGCUGCCCUGAGCACCAGUUAGUCAGAGACAGAAACCCAAGGCACAGGAUCACCAGGGAAGUCGACUACAAAACAGAAGGUGAAGUUGGAGACGACUCCAAUGAAGAAGAACCAGAGAAUAUCUCUGGUGAUUGCGAAGUGGAGGACACCUCCAAUGACUUUGAACCAGAGGACCCAAACAAGGGACCUCACUACUCGCCCAGAAGAAAGGGCGAGGACAUCAGCGUUGGGACCACAAUAAUGGCCCCAAGAUCCGACGUCAUUGGAAACAAUGACGAAAAAAAUACACUAAAACUGGCGAUAAGCCAGACCAAAAAAAGAACUACCAACUCUUUGGUGACGACACCAAAGAGGGAUUCCCCUGAGGAAAGUCACUCAGAAGACAACACCCCCAAGAAAAAAACCUCGGAGGGAGACCCACUGAAGGAGGACCCUUUGGAAGAAACCACCCCGGAGUCUCCAGAAGAAGAUGAGCUCUGGGUGGAGUUUAUACUCAGCUGGCUAGCGGCCACAAUCCGCCCUCUCCCCAGUAGAAAUACUGGGCUGCAUCACGCACGAUUGGCUGACAAGGCCAAUCAGCCCUCCUCGUACCUGAAGGAGGACCAAGAAUUGGCAGAUAAGAUCAAGUAG